AUGACAUUUACCAUUACGUUCUUGGGUUCAAGUGGAGGUCCAGUGGAUGGGUUAACUUGCUCAAUAUUGAUUAAACCAUCAGAAAUAAGCUAUAAAGAAAUCUUGGAUUCAAAUUUGACAAAUGAAUUACUAAUGAUUGAUGCUGGUUCAGGAAUAACACAAUUGAGUGAAAUCAUUUAUAAUGAAAUGAAUAAUGAAGAACAAAACAAAUUACUCCAAUUAUAUCCAAAUUCAUUAAAAUUAUCAGAAUAUUUUAAAGUACCGAGAGUUAAGCCUUUUAAAGAUUUACAAGGUAAUCCUUUUGGGAUUUGUCGUAAGAUCUUUGAAAAUAUUGAAUCUUAUUUGAUAACCCACCCCCAUUUGGAUCAUAUAAGUGCAUUAACUAUUAAUAGUGCAAGUUUCUGUAAUCAUAAACCGAAAAAUAUUUAUGGGUCAUUACCAACCAUAAAUGCAUUGAAAAAACAUAUUUUCAAUGGGAUUAUAUGGCCAAAUUUGGUCCAAUUCAAUAUCUUGAAAAUGAUUAGUAAACAAUUUUAUCAAUCUUGGAAUAUUCAUCUAUUUGAAAUUGAAAUGGUGGAUUUAAGUCAUGGCAAACUAAUUAAAAAUGAAAAUGAUCAAUUAGAACCAAUGAUGCAUAAUGAUUUAACCUCGAAUCUUGAUAUCGACCAUUAUUUAUCGUCUGCGUUUCUCAUAACUUUACAACAGAAAUCAAUUUUGAUUUUUGGUGAUUUUGAAUCGGAUUCAAUGUCCCAUUUAGACAAAAAUUUAAAAAUUUGGCAAAAAUUAUCUCCUCUUAUAUCAAAUAAAAGUCUCCUGGCUAUAAUAAUGGAAUGUUCAUUAUCAAAUAAUACCUCAACUAAUGAAUUAUACGGUCAUUUGAUGCCCCAUCAUUUAAUUAAUGAAUUGAAAAAUUUAGAAUCUCAAGUUAAAAAACUAUCCCCAGAUGAUAAACCUUUACAAAAUUUAAAUAUAAUCAUAACCCAUGUAAAAGAAUCGAACAAUAAUUCCGAUCCGAGGAAAGAAAUUUUAUACGAGUUAGAGAAAUCAAAUGAUAUGGGGGUUAAGUUUUCAAUUGCUAUAAACGGGGUUUCAAUUGAAGUAUAA